AUGCUACCAUCAAAACUUCGAUCCAUAGUGCUUCUGCUGGGGGCGACACUUCCAGUCUUUGCCCAAAAUCGACCACUCUGGUGGGAAGAAUGCGAUCCUCCUCGGGAAAACACACAAUGUGCUAUGCACAGCGACAUCCUCGACUAUAACAGAAAUUAUGGCAUGUUUACCAAAGUCGCAGUGAUGCGCAUCCGCUCAAAAUUGAAGAAGCCCAAGGCUGCUGUAUUUCUUCCCAGUGGGCCUGGACGGUCCGGAAUCAACCUUCUAAAGCAAUACCUCGAUGACCCAUCGCAUCAUGUGCACGAACUCCUCGAACAGUACGAUUUAGUAGGCAUGGACCCUCGAGGCUCAGGACAGAGUCUACCCAUGAAAUGCAACGCAACUCUAUGGAAUCGCCGAGCGCCCUCUAUGGUCAAGGAUGAGGUAGAAUUUGUUGACAUGUAUUACCACUGGAAGGAGGUUGGAGAAGCCUGCAAAAAGAUGACGGGUCGAUUAUUUGACAAUAUGGACACCCGGUCGGUUUCCCUGGACAUGGACAGCAUACGAUAUAACAUGUGGUUCAAAAUUGAGCAGGAGAUACACUUGAUUGGUAAUUCUUACGGGUCGCAUAUUGGCAUCACCAACUUGGAAAGAGCUCUCCCUUAUGCCGGCCGGAUUGUGUUGGACGGGAUUGUAGAUCAUACACAUGAUCCAAUGGCAGUCAUGCAAGCAGAAUCCGCUUCUUUCGAAAUGACGCUCAGGCAUUUCUUCAAGUGGUGUCAAGAGGAUGCGUCUUGUGCACUGCAUGAUCAGAACGAUGUUGAGGAUUUCUUCAAGCAGCUAACUAACAAGUUCGAAGCCGCACCAAUCCUAGCACCAAAGUGCCAACAGACUGGCGAAGGAGCAUGUCGAUCUGACGUCAGCUUGGAAGAGAUGAUGACGGCUUUACAACGAGAUCUGGGACCAGGGCAGCCCGGAUGGGGUUCCUUAGCUACUAACCUCUUGGCGGCAUCCAAAGGCGAUGCAUCUGCCUUUUCAAUGCCCUGGUUUACAAACGAUACCGAUCCCUCAGGAACAUGGGCUACACUUGCUACUGGCUGUCUGGAUUGGCAACACGCCAGCGAUUAUCUCGAGCUCCAAGCCGCUCAGCAUGCAUUUCAUGGCCGUUACCAAAAGAGGGAGUACUAUUUAGGAACCAGCCAAUAA